CUCUCAUUCCGCAGAGAGCGAAACAAACAUGGCGACAGGAUGGAGUGGGAAAGGGUGUACGCUAACGUUAAUGCUGUUCCUUUGGAGUAAAAUCUGCGCGAAUGGAGCGGAAUCCCUGGGGAGCGACAGCCGAAUCCUCGGCAUGCGGCUGGAGUGGAGCGACAAGCCCGCCACGACCACCGACAAUGGAAUCAUACAGGUAACCGAGGGGAGCAAAAUCAAGCUCAGGUUCUACGGACUGCAAAUCAGUAAUGACACCUGGGAGCAGAUUAAGUUCGUGGAGCAGGGCGAGGACAGCAGCUCUGACUUCAACAGGACUUGUGCUGACUUCACCAAAGACCUCUCCAUCCAGCCUAAAAUGGAGGUUAGCAGCCAGGGCACAUCUGGGGUGCUGGAGGUCAGUAUUAAACCACUUAGGAAAAGUGAGUCCCAGAGGGAUUACGGGCUGUGCAUCAGACACAGCCAAGAUGGGAAGUGGUACCUCCUGGGAGAACAUGAUGGAAAGUUGCAUGUGGUGGAGGAGAAGAAGUCUCUGCUUCCCAUUUGGUUCCAGGUGAUCUUGAUUUCCUGCCUCCUGGUGCUCUCAGGUAUGUUCAGUGGUCUAAACCUGGGGCUCAUGGCUUUGGACCCCAUGGAACUGCGAAUCGUCCAGAGCUGUGGCACGGAGAAAGAGAAGAAGUACGCACGCAAGAUCGAACCCAUCCGGAAGAAAGGAAACUAUCUGUUGUGCUCGCUUCUCCUCGGGAACGUGCUGGUCAACACCACACUGACCAUCCUGCUCGAUGAUCUUAUCGGCUCUGGUUUGGGUGCUGUGGUGGCAUCAACCAUCGGCAUUGUCAUCUUCGGGGAGAUUGUUCCUCAGGCGCUCUGCUCUCGCCACGGCUUGGCGGUGGGUGCCAACACCAUCCACCUCACCAAGUUCUUCAUGCUUCUGACCUUUCCGCUGUCGUUCCCCAUCAGCAAACUUCUAGAUUGCAUUCUGGGCCAGGAGAUCGGCACCGUGUACAACCGGGAGAAGCUGGUGGGGAUGCUGAAGGUGACUGCGCCAUACAACGACCUGGUGAAAGAGGAGAUGAACAUGAUCCAGGGUGCUCUGGAAUUGAGGACUAAGACAGUGGAGGACAUCAUGACUCCACUCAGCAACUGUUUUAUGAUCAACAGCGAUGCUGUGCUGGACUUCAACACUAUGUCAGAAAUCAUGGAGAGCGGAUACACGCGCAUUCCAGUUUAUGAGCACGAACAGACCAAUAUAGUGGACAUCCUCUUUGUGAAAGACCUGGCGUUUGUGGAUCCGGAUGACUGCACUACGUUGAAGACCAUCACCAAAUUCUACAACCAUCCGGUCCACUUUGUGUUUCACGACACUAAGUUGGAUUCCAUGCUGGAGGAGUUUAAGAAAGGUAAAUCACACUUGGCAAUUGUUCAGAAAGUUAAUAAUGAGGGAGAGGGAGAUCCGUUCUAUGAGGUGCUGGGAUUGGUCACUCUGGAAGAUGUCAUAGAGGAGAUCAUCAAAUCAGAAAUCCUGGACGAGUCUGACCUCUACACUGAUAACCGUACCAGAAAGAAAGUGGCACACAAUAAGAACAAGCGAGACUUCUCUGCCUUCAAAUAUGAGAGUGAGUCGAAAGUCAAGAUCUCUCCUCAGCUGCUGCUCGCCGCUCACCGCUUCCUUGCAACAGAGGUUAAUUUGUUCAGUCCGUCUCAGAUCUCAGAGAAAAUCCUUCUGCGUAUCCUUAAACACCCUGAUGUGAUCCAGGAGAUCAAAUUCAAUGAGAGUGAUAAGAGAUCGGCGCACCACUACCUUUACCUGCGCGGCAAACCCGUGGACUUCUUCAUCCUCAUACUGCAGGGCCGUGUGGAGGUGGAGGCUGGGAAUGAGAAUAUGAAGUUUGAGACCGGACCUUUCUCGUUCUAUGGAAUCAGGGCUCUCGGCGGUUCAACACUAGAAUUCCGCUCGCCGUCUCACAUUCGCGGGCUCAACCGAUCAGCGUCUCUGAGCGACACGGAUCGUCCUGAACCUCAGUCCGUCAGCGGCAGCAACACGCAGCUCAGCAGUGCUCCCUUGCCACAGUACACGCCAGACUUCAAUGUCCGAGCUCUGGCGGACCUACAGUUUGUGAAGAUCACACGCUCUCAGUAUCAAAACGGUCUGAUAGCGUCUCGGCUGGACAGCUCGCCACAGUCUCCAGACAGCGGACACGGCCGUGUAGAUAACAGCAUAUCAUCCGCUCCCCAUCCGUCUUCAGAAAACAUCAUCUCGCUUGCAGACGCCACCGAUGAGACGACCUCGCUCCUCAACGAACAGAACAUCCAGCCUGCUCGCCAAGCCAACCACAGCACACAUAACGACAGUGCCAUUUGACACACUCACACACACGAUUUACCCAUAUCCCACACUCCCAUUGGACAUUAAGCACUUUUCCCAGAACUUUUAAUCAGACCCCUUUUAGCAUCAACUAUUACAGCUCCCAGUAUAAAAGUGCGGGUGUAUGAAAAGCAACAGUUUCCUGAGACAUCCAAUGAAAACAUUGUGUAACACAUUGUGCAAGACGAAGACCCAGAGAAGCCAAAGUGUAUCUGGACUGAGAAAGGCCCCUGUUUCAGACAGACACACUGGGGCAUUUUAUAGACUGCGUGAAUAGAGACAUUUAUAUAUACAAAGAUGUUUUUGUCAUUUUUCUAUUGAGGUUGAUCACAGACAUGUGAAGUAGGGAACUGCGGAUGCCUUUUUAUUUUGUGUUAGUCCAUAGCUAAUUCAUAAUUGUACCAAAUUUUAUUUGUGUGUGUGAGUGAAGAUUGGGAUGAGUUUAUGAUAGAGAUAUACAUGCCAGUGUGUGUGUUUGUACAUAUGACAGCGCAUGAGUCCGAUUUGGCCGUUGCAGCCUAAGCAACAACUCAGGGAGACGCUGAGCUUCACAUACUAACUGCAUGUUCAGUAAUUCCCCGUUCAUUUACGUGAACCCAUGCGACAAGUGAUCAAAAAAAAAAAAGUGAAGCAUGCUGUCGUCAAAUGCACCAAAUACUAAGAUACACAUGGCAUCCACUUGUCAUUUUUGUCACAUAAUUCUGCUGGUUGUCUGUGGCAGUGUUCAUGUGAUUUAGUGUUUGUGUAUGUGUAGAAUUGUCCUUUUAAAAUGAAUGCAUUGCAUUGACUUUUUUUACUCCAAAGAGAACAAGCAUUUGUCGUUGUAGUACGACUGUAAACGGAGUCACUUUUCUGCACAAAAUGUUUGUGAUUAGAGCUCUUGAACUGUAUCUGUUGCUCCCAUUGGACCAGAGGUAAUCUAACCAAAAGAAUUUAACUCUUUCAAGCUGUAUUUAUUUAGCCUAAAAUUGAGGUUGUAUAUUUUUUAAAAAUGAUUUUAUUUCUUUGUUUUUGUGACUUAAAAUUGCUGUGCGUUUUCUAAGCAGGUUGACAUGGUACAGACUACAAAUUGUAGAUGCCUAAAGCUAGGAAAUGGCAGGUGACUUCAAUGUUUUUUGCCUUUUUUCCCCACUGUGUGCAUCUUUUGCUUUUAUACCAAAUAUGUUUGAAACCGAUAAGGACAAUCAAAGUGAAAAGUGUCUCAUAGACACAUUGAUAGGAAGAUAUCAACACACAAACGCCUCUUUUACUCUGUAGCAUCUCUUGAAUAUUAUAAAAUGGGGAGCAAGAA